UCUCAAGCUAUCAGUGGUCACUGAGUGGUCAGUUAGUGCUCCAUCACUCUAUCCUGGCAAUCGGCGAACACCAAAAAGUUCAACCUCAACUCAUCCCACCCACUUCUAGCCCCACCCUUACAGCAUCAUACUUUAGAAUUCUUGUCACAGUUGCCCCUCACUCCCUACAGCUCAAUAAUAAUCUUUAUCUCCCUCAAAUAUUUGUCCUUUUCUCUAGAAACAAUAUCCUCGAAUAUCGAAAUAACCUCAUCUUUUUCCUGUACAUUCUACCCCCGAAGUGAUCGUAGAUAGCACAGUUCUGUGACGCCCCAGAUCGGGUUUUGCGCAAGUUCUACCUAUUAUUAUCGGCACGAACUCCAAGAGAUCGCAAAUAUGGGCAUGCUCGAUCCCAGACCGAAUGGCCAGAAGGCCGAGUUGCUUCCCAAUGGCAAGAGACGCAAAAUUGCCAUGAUGACGAGUGGCGGUGAUGCGCCCGGAAUGAACGGAGCUGUACGAGCUGUCGUCCGAUCCGCCAUUGACGAAGGCUUCGACGCAUACUGUAUAUACGAGGGCUACGAGGGCCUUGUGCAGGGUGGAGAUCUCAUAAAGAAAAUGUCGUGGGGCGAUGUCAGAGGCUGGCUCUCCGAGGGCGGUACGCUGAUCGGAACCGCACGGUGCAAGGCAUUUUACGAACGCCCUGGGAGACUGAAGGCUGCCAAGAACAUGGUUAUCAAUGGAAUUGAUUCCCUCAUUAUCUGCGGUGGAGAUGGCUCCCUCACUGGUGCGGACAAGUUCCGAUUUGAGUGGCCCGGCCUGCUGGAGGAGCUGGUGCAGACCAAGGAACUCACCGAAGAAGAGAUCAAGCCCUUUAUGCACUUGACGAUCGUUGGUCUGGUAGGAUCUAUCGAUAACGACAUGUCGGGUACGGAUGUGACGAUUGGUUGUUUCUCGGCGCUGGCACGCAUUUGCGAGAUGGUCGAUUACAUAGAAGCUACUGCGUCGUCACACUCCCGUGCGUUUGUUAUUGAGGUUAUGGGCAGGCACUGCGGCUGGUUGGCCUUGAUGGCCGGUGUUGCAACUGGCGCAGAUUUUGUCUUCAUCCCCGAAAAGCCCAGAGCAGACAACUGGCGUGAGGAGAUGUGCACAAUUAUCGCGAAGCACCGCGGAGUCGGAAAGCGGAAGACUAUUGUUAUCAUGGCUGAGGGUGCCAAUGACCAACAAGGGAAUAAAAUAACGCCUGAACAGGUCAAGGACUUGCUCGCCGACCCAAAGGGCCUUGCACUCGAUACAAGAAUCACAACCCUUGGACACGUUCAACGUGGAGGGUCAGCAUGCUCGUUUGACCGAACAUUGGCCACACUGCAGGGAGUUGAGGCUGUGAGAGCCGUCCUUGAUGCGAAGCCAGAUACACCCACAUGUUUCAUCGCAAUCAACGAGAACAAGAUUGUUCGAAAGCCACUGAUGAAAGCCGUCCGCGAUACACAAGAAGUCGCAAAAGCUAUUCAAGCCCGCGACUUUGACAGGGCGAUGGGUCUACGUGAUACGGAGUUCGCAGAGAUUUAUGCUUCUUACUUGAUAACUACUGCGACAUCUCUUGACAAAGCUUUGCAUUUGCCAUCCCAGAAGUGCAUGCGUAUUGGUAUCAUCCACGUGGGAGCGCCGGCUGGUGGCAUGAACUCGGCAACGCGAGCCGCCGUAGCAUACUGCCAGACCCGGGGGCACACCCCAGUCGGCAUAUACAACGGCUUCGCCGGCUUUACGAGACACCACGGCGAUGAGCCGCUCGGAGCUGUUAGAGAGUUCGAUUGGCUCGAGGUUGACAACUGGGCUUCCAAGGGCGGAUCAGAGAUUGGCACGAACCGAGAGCUUCCAAACGACUCCGGAAUGGCUACAGUCGCAGAGCUAAUUGCGAAAUACAAGAUAGACGCCAUUUUCAUGGUCGGUGGCUUCGAGGCGUUCCAUUCUAUGUCCCAGCUCCGCAAAGCAAGGAAGGAAUUCCCGCAGCUGGCUAUCCCCAUGGCUCUCCUGCCAGCUACGAUAUCAAACAACGUCCCAGGCACAGAAUACAGUCUCGGGUCAGACACCUGCCUCAACGAGCUUGUCCGCUACUGCGACACGAUCAAGCAAUCCGCAUCCGCCUCCCGCCGCCGCGUCUUCGUCAUCGAAACUCAAGGCGGCCGCUGCGGCUACGUCCCCGUCCUCGCGGGCCUCAACGUCGGCGCCACCGCCGUCUACACCCCCGAAGAAGGCAUCAGCAUCGACAUGCUCGCCGCAGACAUCCGCCACCUCCGCAAGGCCUUCGCCGAAGACUCCGGGCAGUCCCGCGCCGGCCGCCUCAUCCUCGUCGGCGAGAAGGCGAGCAGCGUCUACUCCGCCAAGCUGAUCGCGGAUAUCAUCCGCACCGAGGCGCAUGGACGCUUCGAGUCGCGCGAUUCGAUCCCAGGACACGUGCAGCAGGGCGGCACGCCGUCACCGAUGGACCGCAUCCGCGCCGUGAGACUGUCGAUCAAGUGUAUUGAGCACCUUGAGAAGUUCGCGGGCGCGUCGGCGCGGACGAUCGCGGACGAUGCGCUGAGCAGCAGCGUGAUUGGGAUCCGUGGCGCGAGCGUGACGUUCACGUCGAUGGAGCAUGUGGAGUCCAAGGAGACAGAUUGGGCGAAUCGUAGACCGCUGGAGGUGUUCUGGGCGGAUAUUGAGCCGGUUGUUGAUACGCUGAGUGGGAGGCCUGAGAUCCCGAGGCCGGAGCCGGAUGUGAAGGGGCAGAGGGCGAAGGAUAUUAAGAGAGGGCUUGUGAGAGGCCCUGUAUAGAGCUAGAAAUAGGGUUGUUUCAGUUGGGCUCAAAAUUUGCACCUGUAGCACCUUUAGAAUAUGAUGAACGAAAAUAUUUUUAACGGGGC